AUGUCGUCUAGUCGUUCUCGAGGGCCACUGGGUACAUCUCAGUAUAAUGAGCGAAGAGAGUUCGAUAGUUUAUUUAAGGAUUUCAACGAAAUGAUGCACCUUACUGUACGAGGAAUCACUUAUGCGACAGAAGCGGCAACAGACCUUGAAGAGGCUGAGGAACAAGAAGAGGAUCUUGUGGAAGAUUAUAAAUUACAAUUGGACGAUGCUUUAAAAAAGUACGAAUCCAAAACUGAGAAUGAAAAAUAUUUUCAAAAUGAAAACUACAUCGAAUUUCGUCAAAAAAUUUGGGAUGUUAAUCAUCCUGAUGAAACUAUGCCUCCACUAGAUAAAGAAGCCGAUGAUGAAAUUGUAAUGGGAAGACAAAAAGAAUCUUUAUAUUGCCCAAUCACAACAUUAUUGUUGGAAGAACCAGUUACAAGGUAUUUUCUAUAA